UUGUCGGCUCAGAACUUUGUCGCGGCGUGUUGAUGAAAGUGUGAUUUUUCUCGAUUUCUUUGGCAAUUAUUAAAUUUAAUUCCUGUUAUUAUUAAAUAUAUUUCUAAUAAAACAUGGAUGAUGAAGCUGAAACCUACAAACUUUGGCGUAUACGUAAAACAAUUAUGCAGCUGAGCCACGACCGUGGUUAUUUGGUGACACAAGAUGAAUUGGAUCAAACAUUGGAACAAUUCAAAGAAAUGUUCGGUGACAAGCCCAGUGAAAAGAGGCCAGCACGUUCGGAUCUAAUUGUUCUAGUUGCCCACAACGAUGAUCCCACAGAUCAAAUGUUUGUCUUCUUUCCCGACGAGCCUAAGAUUGGUAUUAAAACUAUUAAGACUUAUUGUACCCGUAUGCAGGAGGAAAAUAUACACCGUGCAAUUGUGGUGGUACAGGCCGGCAUGACACCAUCCGCCAAACAAUCUUUAGUUGAUAUGGCACCUAAAUAUAUCUUAGAACAAUUUCUAGAAUCUGAACUAUUGAUUAAUAUUACGGAACAUGAAUUGGUACCCGAACAUGUGGUAAUGACGCCCGAGGAAAAACAAGAAUUGUUGGCACGUUAUAAACUAAAAGAGAACAUGUUGAUGAGAAUUCAAGCUGGUGAUCCAGUGGCUAGAUAUUUUGGUUUAAAACGUGGACAAGUUGUAAAGAUUAUUCGUUCAUCAGAAACUGCUGGUCGCUAUAUAUCUUAUCGUUUGGUGUGCUGAGUUUUAAAGCGACAUUUUUUUUAAUUUUAAGAUUUUACUUUUAUAUAUUAAAUAGAUUUACAUGUAUCAAUAAAAAUGAUUGUCUAACGUA